AUGGAUCAAGUUGACACCGAAGUUCUCAUUAUUGGAGCAGGAGCCUGCGGCCUGCUCCUAGCACAAGGUCUGAAGACCGCUGGAAUACCCUACACUGUCUUCGAAGGGGAGACAGCCGAAUCGAUUAAGACUCGCUCCCGACACUGGGGCAUGAAUCUCCACUGGGGCGGAGAAUACUUGGAUAAAGUCCUCUCGCCAGAACUCAAAGCUCGGCUAAGAGAGUGCAAUUGUGAUCCUUUUUAUGACCAGGCCGACAAUACGUACACUGUCUGCAAUGGAAAGACAGGUGAGGUCAUCCUGGCCAUGCAAGGUGUCAUGCCUAGACGGGUGUCCAGACGAAAGUUGAAGGCUCUGCUUUCAGAGGGCGUUGAUAUCCAGUACGGAAGAAAGCUGGUGUCCAUUCAACAAGAAUUUCCAGGAAGGGUCACUGCCUGCUUCGAGGGCGGUUUCAAGGCGGUUGGCUCCAACCUGAUUGGUUGUGACGGUUCAAGAUCACGAGUUCGCGAAUUUCUGGUCGGGACUGAAAAUGCUAGACAAAUCGGUACGGAUAUCAGCAUCCUCAACUUCCCUUACUCUUAUACGGCGGAGCAAGCUCGCGAGUUGAGAGCCGUUCAUCCCAUCAUCAAGACCGCGUAUCAUCCAGAGCACGGAAAUGUUUAUUUACUUGCCAUACUCGAGGUAGAAGACCCAGAUAAACCCGAAGACUGGAAAUACCAAAGUGCAAUUACCUGGAAAGGCGCGCCGUCAGUUGAAGACCUCAAAGAUCCACGGGACAGAGUCAAGCACGUGAAAAAGAUAGCUUCGCAAUAUGCAGACCCCUGGCGAACUGCAGGAACAGCCAUCAGUGACGAUGCCGUCUUGCCAGUAGACAGAGGUACUUACUGGACGCCAAAAGACUGGGACAAUCAUGACGGUACUAUCACCCUUGCUGGCGAUGCCGCUCAUCCAAUGCUGCCACACCGGGGCCAAGGUCUUAACCACGCUCUACAAGACGCGGCGCUCCUCGUUCAGGCGAUGGAAUCAGUGCACAGCGGCAAGAAAUCUCUGGCAGAGGCCAUCAGUGAAUACGAAACGGAGAUGCGGCCCCGUGCCAGCCAGGAGGUCCUGCUUACGUUGGAGCAGGCACACGCAGCUCAUGAUUGGGAAUUGCUGAUGCAGUCUCCCAUCUUCAAGCUGGGGGCUAAUAAGCCGACGGCUGGAAAGGGAACCUAG